AUGAAGCAUUUUCUUCCCUUGGUGCUCUUGGUUUUCUUGGGAACCGAAGCUACUGAGAGUGAACUUCCAUCGGAAAACUCGUCGAAAGGUUUUUCAGCAAAGCGCUCUCUCCCAAACCGACAGCUCUUGGUGGGCUAUUGGGGACAAAAUGCAAUCGGUACAAAAGUCAGCAGACCGUACUGGGAGAAAGACCUGCGCUACUUCUGCAAUCAACACAAGUUUGAUAUUUAUUUGGUUGCAUUUGUGCACCGGCUCUUUAGGGAUAACAGAAAUAGAGAUGGUUAUCCUGGGAUGAACUUCGCCCAUCACUGCAGUUAUGCCCCAGACUCCCAAAACCCUGACCUUUUCGAGUGCGCUACUAUCGGGGGCGGAAUCAGAGAUUGUCAGAAGCUAGGUAGGAAAAUGCUGAUAUCCCUUGGCGGGGAUACUUGUGACGGCAGCUUGGGGACUACUGAAAACGCCAAGAAACUUGCGUACUAUAUAUGGAAUCUGUUCCUGGGAGGCAAGGAUAUGCCGGACAAAAGGCCGUUUUUGUGGACCGUGAUGGAUGGUGUUGAUCUUGAUAUCGAGAUAGGAAGCCAUAGAUACUAUCCUGACUUUGUCCGUGAGAUGCGCCGUCUUAUGAACACAGAUCCCAGUAAACAGUAUCUAAUAACCGCGGCACCGCAGUGUCCAUUUCCUGAUAAGUGGAUGGGACCUCAAAUACAAGGAUCUGCACUGGAACAUUAUGGCCAAGAAUUUGACUACUUAUUCAUACAGUUCUACAACAAUUACUGCUACCCUGGAGACCAGUACUUUUUACCUGUAAUUGACACUUGGUUACAAUGGGCGCGAAGUGUUCCUAAUGGUCCGCUCAUUGUUCUUGGCCUGCCGGCUGGACCGCAAGCCGCUGGCAAACCACAUUACUAUUUCCCACCUGAUAAACUGGCUCACGUGUACAAGCAAAUCCGAGACAAACCUGGUGUUGGUGGACUCAUGUUUUGGGACUGCUCCUGGGUACAAAACAACAUUGUCAACGGUAAAAACUACGGUACACAUGCAUUUGAGCUCCUGCGUGGAAUUGCUAAUCCCCCAACUGAGGCACCCAGCACGCAAGCACCUCCAACGACACCGCAGACAACUACUUGCACAUCAAUGCAGUCAUCAACUUCGACGCAGAAACCAACAACGCUUCAAACUACAAAACCACAGACCCAAAGACCGAUUAUUACUACGAAACCUCCGACUGGUCCUGUAGACUGUUCAGUGGACGGUUAUUUUCCCGACCCAGCAAACUGUUCCGGGUUUAUUGUAUGUUCUGCUGGUGUUGCGUAUCCUAGAAGCUGCCCGCCAGGACUGAAAUACAACAAGAUAAGAAAGUAUUGUGAUUGGCCUCAAAAUGUUCAGUGUUAA